AUGAGCAGCCUCGGAGCCAAGGUUAAAGAUAUUCUCCAUAAGGACCGCCCUGACGAUUCCAACACUACUCCCCAUCCCCCAGGUUCGUUCCCCACAGAAGACAUGGAACCCAGCGAAAUUGAGCAAGGCUGGUCCAAAGGACACGAACAAAACAAGCUACACAAGGCUGACGACCCCCGCGGUUGGACAGAGAGCGAAAGGGAACCUUCUCGCGGCCAUGGAUACAAGGACUCAGGUGUCGGAAUGACCGAGUCUGACAACCGCACUUCCUACAAGCCUUCACAGGACCCCAUGUCCGAGAGACGCAAUGAGCCCUUCUCUGAGAGACGAGACGACAACCUGAACCGAACAAGCGAGUCCGGUGCAUUGGGACAAAAGGAACCCCUUGCACCAUCUACCGCCGAGCACCCCUACUGGGGCGAUAUCCCUAGCCGAGGAGGUGUUCACAACUCUGUGAUUGGCCAUGGUAGCCCCGAGGACGAAGAGCGACGCCACAAGGCCAUUCAUACCGGUGCGACAGAGCCAACUCGAACAUCUGGCACUCUGGAGAGCGGUACCUUCCUCAGCCGACGCGAUCGCGACGAGGCUUCUACCAACACUGAGCCCUACGGCGGCCGACCCAGCGACCGACAGCGCCCUGACGAGAGAACAUCUGGCUCGCACUUCAAGGAGGGCCUUGCUGGCGCGGGUGCUGCCGGCACUGAGCCCUACGGCGGCCGACCCAACGACCGACAGCGCCCUGACGAGAGAACAUCUGGCUCGCACUUCAAGGAGGGCCUUGCUGGCGCGGGUGCUGCCGGCACUGCUGCCUAUGGAGCUCACGAGUUGAACAAGCAACACAACGACAAUGAGGAGGCUAGAAGGUUUGAUCAGACUACCGAUCGAUCCCAGCCUGAGGAACACAAGCAGAGGGCGUUCCCUCUCCUUGGCAAAGAUCAUAAGGAGUCUCAUCAAACUGAGAAGGUCAAGGAAGACAAGCACAAGGACAAGGACCACGAUAGCAAGCUCGGCGGUCUCUUCGGCCGAAAGAGCAGCAAGGAUGAGACUACUCGUGUCGAGGAGCAAGAUCGGGACAAGCACCAUCACUCAAAGACUGGUCCCGCCCUUGGUGCUGCUGGCGCUGCUGGAGCGUAUGCCGCUACUAGGGAUCGUGACGACGACAACCGCCGUGACACAACCACCGGUAAAUAUCAAGAGCCUUCUGCUCAAGACACAUACAAGGAAGACAAGAAGCACGACAGCAAGCUGGGUGCCCUCUUCCACCGAAAGGGAAGCAAAGAUCAGACUGAAAGCACCGAAGAUUAUGACAAGGACAAGCAUCACCACUCCAAGACUGGCCCUGCUUUGGCAGCUGCCGGUGCCGCUGGUGCUGGUGGCGCUUAUGCUGCUACGAGAAACCGACACGACGAUGACAACAACCGUCGUGAUACCACUGCUGGCGCAUAUCAGGACCCUUCUGCAGCCCAGCACACUACCAAGUACCCUGCUGCUGGUCUCGACUCUACUCGGGAUUACAACUCGCAGAACCCUUCCUCUGGUGGUGUUACUCAGAAGCCCUACCGACAAGAGGAUAUUGAUUACCACCGCGGCUCCGGACUUGCCACUGGUGCUGCCGCAGGUCUCGGCGCUGGUGCCCUUGCAUCACACCAUGGCCGUCGCGACGACGAUCGAGCCGCUACUCAGCCAAUGUCAGGCUAUGACAACCAGAGCUACGACCCUACUGCUACUUCUCAGUCUCAUCAGCAGCAAGGCUAUCAGCAGCAAGGCUAUCAGCAGCAAGGCUAUCAGCAGCAAGGCUCUCAGCAGCAAGGCUCUCAGCACCUCCACGGUUUGAGUGCGCCCGCUGUCGCCGGCUACUCUGACUCCAAGGAGCGUCAAGACGCUCAAGGCGCCCAGGCUGCCAACUUCUCCCACAAGGACCCUGUGGGACAGACUCAGCAGUAUGACUCUCACCGAGGUGCUGGCCUUGCUGCCGGCGCCGGCGCUGCCGGUCUAGGUGCUGGCACAUUGGCGUCUCGCUCUGGUCAUGAUCGCAAUGAGCACUCUGGCCUUGACUCUAACAGAGGGUUCGAGAACCAGUCCGCAUACCCCACUGAGGGUUCCGCUAUGAACCCGUCUUCUCGUUCCUAUGAGCAGCAGGACUCCAACCGUGGUAUUGGCUUCGGCGCUGGUGCUGCUGCUGGACUCGGUGCUGGUGCCCUUGCUUCUCGUUCUGGUCGCGACCAUGAUGAGCGCUCAGGCCUUGGAUCCAACCGAGGCUUUGAGUCCAGCAAUGCUUACUCCAGCGAGCGUUCUGCCAUGAAUCCUGCAUCUCAGUCAUACGAGCAGCACGAUUCGCAUCGAGGCGCUGGACUUGCUGGAGGUGCUGCUGCCGGCCUUGGAGGAGGAGCUCUUGCUUCCCAUGCCACUGAACAUAGACGCGAGAAUGACCAAUUCACCACCGGCAACGACCAACGCGGCUUCCAGACCGGGAACACUGGCUCUGGUCUUGGUAACACCCCCGGCAUGGGUAACACUGGUUUCGACUCUUCCAACAAGCAGUCCAUCCCUGGAUCUCAACACGAGUCUCAGCCCUUCACAGAGCGAAAGGAGGAACAUGACCACACUCUCAUGGAUAACGCCAACGCUGGAAAGUACAACAAGCUUGCGUCUGGUACACCCUCUGGCAUCGCGUACGACUAG